UUCUUAUUCGGUUAUUCUUUAUUUUAUUACUUUUAUAGUCUUUCAAAUUUUCUAAUAAUAUUUAAUUUUUAACAUAAGGUUGAUAGUAACAUAAUAAUUCACUUUGAUUGGAAUUAUGUCUAUUAAAAUGUCUGAUAAUGAUUCUCUAAAUGUUGGUAAUACAUAUAAAGUGGCAAACAAUGGUCAACUUAUUAAACUAGAAUCAAAUAUUCUUAAUGCACAAACCUUAAUUGUGACUGAUGAUGAUGGAUCUCUUGAAUCUGUUGAUGAACAACCAACUGCCGCUGUCAUAGAAAAUGGCAACGUAACUGGAAUUGUUAUGAGUAAAACCAAUGACACAAACAUUACACAAUAUGAGCUCAGACCAAACAAUAAUGCUACUCAAUUUUUUGUUGUACAACCAAUUAAUGAUUUAUUUACAACUACAACAACUGUUAAAAGACCAAUUGUACCACUCAAUAGUGAAGUGUCCAGAAAACGAGUAGAUCGUACCGUUGUUACAAGGGAUGCUAAAAGACGAUUGACACAUAAUGAAGUAGAACGUCGAAGACGUGAUAAAAUAAAUCAAUGGAUAAUGUAUAUGAGCAAAAUUAUACCAGAUUGUGCUGAAGAAAACAAAACUAAUUAUGAUAAUCAGAGCAAAGGAGGCAUUCUAGCAAAAGCAUGUGAUUAUAUUAAUGAAUUAAAAUCAACUAAUCAAAGAUUGAUGGAUUGUGUGAAACAAAUGGAGGCCGUUAAUAGACAUAAUGAUGAACUUAGAAUAGAAAAUGAAGAAUUGAGAGGAAUUUUAUCACAACAUGGAUUAUUAUCUGAAAGUUUUGUUUCUAGAGAUGGUGACUCGUCAUGAAAAUUAUUAGAAGUUAAAUUAUGUCAAACUGAUUUGAACUUUUAUCUUUUUUACUGUGUUUAAAACUUUUGUUAUACCGAAGAGACCAAUGUUCUACUUUCUAUGCUUAAAAUGUUAAAUAUUUUCAAUAAUAUUAUGGGCUAUUUUUAAUACUAAAUAUAAUAUUGUAUUAUAAAUAGCUAAUUCUUAAUUAUUUAUAUUCAGUCCAUAAAAGAUUGGUUAAAUUUAACUAAUUUUAGAUCAAAUACUAAAAAUAAAAAAUGUUGUAGGUAAAAAGUAAUUUAUUACUAUUGAUUACUAUACUUUAGUGACUCGUACUUAACUUCUAUUACUUAUUUAAUUCAAUAUUUAACUGUAAAUUAUUAUACUAAGUAUAUUAAAGUGUGUCUGUGUUGAAUUAAAUUUUGGAUUUCUAUUUGAGUUUAAAAAUUCAGCUUGAGUGGUUACUACUGAAUUGAACCUAACAUGAAAUAACGAGUUAAAUUUAAAUUAGAUUAAUAUCACAAAUAUUGUUUAGUCUAAAAAAAAUUAAGGAAACUAAAAUAUUCAUCUAAAAAUAAAAACUGUAUGUUAAUUGAACUGUUUUGUUAUAUAUAAUAAUUAUAUAAUUUAUAUUUUAUAUUUUACCUAAAUAAAGAAGUACCCAAAAUUAUAUAGAAAUAAAAUCUCAGAAUAUAGUUUAAGUGUAAUAAUAGUCAAUAAAACUGUAGAAGCUAAUUUUUUAACAAGAAAUACUAUUUAUAUUUUUUUCUGCAACAAUUUUAAGAACUUGAAACUUUUUUUGUGUAACAUAAACAUUUUGAUUGAGUGUCUCAAUUUAUUUAAGAGAACAUACUUUGUAUUAAUUUAUUGGCUAUUCAUACAUUUUUAAUUGUGUUUAAUAGUUUAGGUUUUUGGAAUAAUUUUGUUACAAAAUCUACUACUCUUUAUAUCAUUAAACAAUUUCUAAAACUAUGUCAUUGAUGAUAUAUUUACAAUUCUCUAAACCUAUUUUUAUUAAUUCUGUAUUUUUACUGUAUAAUAAAUGAAGAUGUAUAUUAUAUUAAAAUAAUCUUCAUAUUGUCAAAUAUUAAAUUUAUGUGUAAGGGUAUUGUUUUUUUUUCUAGUGCCAAUCUUGGCAAGUUUAUUGUUUCGUGUUUUUGUUAUGUAGUUUCUAAUUAUUUAUAAGGAAAAUGUUAAAUGGAAUUAAAUGUGGUUUUUUUUGUAAA